GUCAAUGGAGUUUUUAAUUACAGGUUCUUUCUGAAGUUGCAAUCGGACUUUAAUGCCUUCAAUCCAGAUGCUCUUCUGAAUUCAAUGACAUCGAAUCCCUGCAAUUCUCCAUCUUCUACCAUGGAAGAUGUUCUGAUCGACUCACCAGUACCGCUUGGAGAGACUCGACCCCUUGAAAUGACUUUGGAUACCUGUGGUGAAUGGGAAGUCUGUGGGUCUACUCCUGAGACAAGCUCAAAUGCAUCGGGAUUCUCUGCAGCUCGAAAUGGGUUUCGACCAGGUGAACUUUUCACCUGUAAAAUCUAUGUGAAAAUGGAUUAUUUUGAGAUCUUCCUCAAUAACGUUUGUCUUUCCCUUUCCGAGCAUAUGGUUCCCGUUAGUUUCAUCCAGAGUAUUGUGAUAGAAGGUGACUGUCGAAUCUCCAAAAUGUUCUUCGGCGAGACAAAAGCAGUUGAAACAAAGGCGAGACAGGCAACGCUUUGCCCUCUUCCUCCCCGAUUACCAAGUUUGAAAAAUUUGACUCAACUCAAUCUUGAAGAAGCCAGCAUCGUUGAAUGUAUCUGUCGUGAACCGAUAAUCGAGAUGGAUGACAUUAAUUCCUUACUCAAUCUCGACGAUCCCAUCUUCCCUGUCGAUGAACAUCCUAUUGCAAAUGGUCACGAUAAUCGAACAUCGUCAAUUCCGGAUCUUCUGAAUACACCUCCUUCAAUACCUACUUCUCGUUCACUACUUAGUCUCCAUAGAGCUGAAUCCUACCAACUCGUCUUUGACGUUUCAGAUGGAGAAGAAGAUGAAAAGGAGCCCUCUCCCCUUCCCCCAAUUAAUCGAGCAUCUAGUUGUCUUAAUCUGCAAUCAACUUCUAGUGGUGUUAUCAAGCGUCCUUCACUUUUAAUACCACCAAAACCUGUUCCCCCGAGAUACUCGAACCUCCAAAAGCUCCUUCCCAAUACCAAUGAUUCAAGCAGAAUUAAAAGACCCAUUCGAGCGCCCCAGACAACACCAACCCAAGGCCCUCCCAGACCUCUUAUGGCUAGAACUGGCUACGCCAUUAAAGUGACUCAUCCAGCCAUUCAGAUAGGCGGUGAUAGUGCUACCAAGACGUCCAUUCCACGGCCAAAUGCUGCGGCAAUGCCCACGUCUUUAACACUUUCACAGCCCCCAGGUCGAUCUACUAAGGAUUUUGAGAAUAAUGGUCAAAGAAUUCCAAGAUUAUCGUCAGCCAGACCUGCUCAUUUGAACCAACCAUCUAGUGGGCCUAUAAUACGGCGCAGAAGCAUACCACUAUCUAUUAGUUAA